CUCCUCGAAUGCAUGCAAAUACGCUCUUCAAUCACCUCCUCUCCACCUUUUGCAUCUAAAACACGGUACAACACCGAGGUCGGCUUCUCCCUAACCAUAGACUUGACAUUUAUCUACCAUCAUGUUUAAUUGCCCAACCACAACAACCAUUAAUGAAGAUGGAUGAAGUAUCGAAUUGCUGGUGUAUAUAAGGCAGCUUUCUUCUACCGGAGGAAGUGGAUUCGAGAGAUGGAUACCCUCCUUCUCUCGACUAUGGUUAAUAUGAGGGGUGGUUGGGAAUGGGACGACGAUUGCGGUUCUGAGGAAGUGCUUCACAUUCUCCGUGGAGUGAUCAACCCUCCUUUCGGCGCUGAGCUUUCUACCGAAGAUAUAGCCGUUCGAGUGAAACUAAUGAAGGCCCGACACUUGACGUUCAAGAAAGUUAUGAGGACGAACCGAGCAUAUUGGAAUAUGAAAGACAAGGUAGUGUCAGCCGACGAGUCGACAUGGAAGCUGAUUUUCCAGGCACAUAUAAAUCCUCUCAUCAAUAUAUUGUUGUGUAGUUAUUGUGUUAAUUAAUUUUACAAUUAAAAUGAAAUAGGGUUGAUGAGGACAAAGUUGGGAAUAAGCAAUUUUAACGAGGACAAUUUUGUCCAAUCUUGUUGCUAUUAGAGGUUUUAUACCAACCAAACCUCAUACGAGAUAUGGUGUUAAGACAACAAUCAUGAUU